AAAAAAAAAAAAGGAAAAACGACCGUUGUUUACCAUGGCGACGGGGACGCUACCGCUUGUCGUUAGCAGAUACAAAGUGCCUCUAACGUUGGUUAUCUUAAUAUAUACAGAUCUACUUCACUGUCAGCAGUUUAUCAUCCCCUUUAAGGCUCCUUCAAACUGUAGUGCGGAAGAAUUCUUCGAUAUCUCGAGUCUCUCUUGUGUGAGCUGCGGUCCAAACCAGCGACGGAGCACAACAGGACUGAGCUGCGUCUGCAAAAUCGGGUACCAAACUCUCAUCACUGAUAAGGCAUCCAUUAUCUGUCAACAAUGUCCCACUGACAAGCCUGCAGUAACUAAAGGUGGGUUUGGUUGUAUUCGCUGUCCAGGCAGUCUCAGUGAUGGUGGGGAGUGCAAGUGCCCACAAGGCAAUAUCCUGGUGGAGAGAGAUGUCAACGGAAACCUUUUGAAUGAGGCCAGGUGUGAAACGUGUAAUGGAAAUGCCCCGGCUUUGUCUGUGCCAAACAGCAGUGGAGACAGGUGUGAGAGAUGUCAGGCCACAUUCAUGAACAACUCCUGUGUGUGUGACCCUCCUAAUGUGCUUGCAGGAGGAUUAUGUCUUCCUCCAGGCAGCCUCUCCACCAAUGUGAAUCCAAGUGUCAACUACGCCCAGUUAAAGCUCAGCCUCCAGUCCGCCUGGUUCGUCAAAAACCUGUACUCCUCGUCAGCAGCCUGCCUUGUCUUCUCCAAUCUGACAGCUUGUCAGGCUCUCGGGAACAUGUGCGUGAUGAACAUGCAUUCCUUUAGUGGCGUAUCCACCGAUGCCUGUGGUCUCUUUAACACCAUAUUUAGAUCUAAAGCUGCUUUGAGCUCAACUCAAGACAUUUCCUACUGGAGAGGUAAUCUGCCUUGGCUUUACUAUGGAGACGAACCAGGACUGGCUAGUCGAGUACUUCAGACCGAUCCUGUUCCCAUCGGAUUCAGUUUCAGAGGAAGAAACAAGAACACUGACAUUAAGCUGCUUGCUGCUGUCUAUAAUGUCAAAGGAGAGUUCCUCAAAUGGGAAUCUGUAGGAGGAGGAAAUCUUCAGCUUUGUCCAGAAACAACCACCAAACUUGCAGCGGCCUUCAGCUUUGGAACGGCUUACAAACAAAGUUGUGAUCACUCAUUAGAAGAUCUGUUGCGUACCCAUCCUGAGCCGUUGUUCUAUGAUGUGUUUAUGGACCUUGGUGGAGGAGAGAACAGAAAACUUCUCCCCCUGCCUACGCUAGUCUAUAACCAGCAAUACAACGGACGUUUCAUCAACCAAGAGAGCAUGAAGAACUGGUACCUGUCUCGACGUAUGUUUCUUGUCGACACACUGAGUGGUAGAGAGAAGAGCACUUCCCGCCCUAAAGUCAUCCGUGUUGCCAGCAGUGUCAAGAUAAGGUUUCAACUAGUUCCACGCACCCAGGAAGGAAAAGUGUUUCCCCCUCUAUUGAUGGUGACCUACAGAGACAUUCCCAUCUCAGAUAGCAAUUCAGAAAUUGUGUCUACAACGUUUGCUGUGGAGUAUGAGAUGGAUCAGAAUGAGGCUCGCAUGAAAACGGAUACUGCUCUUGGUGUGAUGGGUGGAGUUGCCGUGCUCUACUCUCUGCUAAAGACAGUCAGCUGGAAGAGGAGGAUCGCCUCUCCGCUCAUUGAUGCUGAGACAAUGCUGAAGUUCAUGUUGUUUUAUGCCGGCGAUCUCGCCAAUGUCUUCUUCGCUGUCACCGUGGGAACUGGACUUUAUUGGCUCAUCUUUUACAAGGCCCAACAGUUUGUGUCAGUGCUGUUACCUCUACCUGCUCAGGAGGAGCAGUUUGUGACGUACAUCGGUUGUGCCUUCGCCCUUAAGGCUGUCCAGUUUCUCCACAAGCUGAUCCUUCAGGUGUCAGUCGACAUAUUCUUUAUUGACUGGGAGAGGCCACGUAGCAAAACAAGCAGGACCGUUCAAGCUACUGGUGAGUCAAAACGCGAGCCCUCUCCAGUCAGCAUCUGGAGGACCUAUUUUGUGGCCAACGAAUGGAAUGAGAUCCAGACCAUCCGCAAGAUCAGCCCAACUUUUCAGAUCAUGGCUGUGCUAUUCUUUCUUGAAGUGCUGGGUUUCUCUAAUCUGGCCUUGAGGGACCCAUGGCCAACUUUAGAGCGUUCCUCGCAGGCAUACACCCCUUCACACAGCCUGAUCCUGCGCUACGGUGUGGCAGCCGCACUGUGGCUCUGCAUCGGACUACUCCAGAUGAUUUACUUCACUGUGUUUCACGAGCACUUUGUGGAGGACAAGAUUCGUCAGUUUGUGGAUCUCUGCUCCAUUAGUAAUAUUUCUAUGCUGCUGUUAUCUCACCGUUGUUUUGGCUACUACAUCCAUGGCCGUUCAGUUCAUGGACAUGCAGAUACAAACAUGGAGGAAAUGAACAACAACAUGAAGAGAGAAAGUGAGUCCCUGUGUGGUCAGAGAGGUCUGCUUCCCAACACAGAUACCCAAACAUUCCAGGUCUCUCUUACCAACCGUUUGCGGUUGCAGUAUGACAGGAUACGCGAGCCGAUCAGCAGGAGGAGCGGGCCAUCGAGGCUGAUGGAUGCAGGCUCGGCUAACCAGUUUGAGCAGAACGCCAGAGGCUACCACACCAUGAACCACUUCCUGGGAUCCAUUAUUGACCAUGCUCACCCUGACAUGGACUAUAUAGUGAAGGACAAGCUGAUGUUUGAGAGGGUCAUAGGGAUGGAGUUCCUUGAACCCAGUGAAAAAAGCAUCUUUUACAACGAUGAGGCCCACUCCUUCAGUGAUGUGCUGUUUUAUGGAAAUGAGGCCACACUGCUGAUCUUUGACACUUUGUUCUUCUGUGUCGUCGACCUUGGAUCUCAGAGUUUUGUGCUUGCAGCAGUGCUUACAUACGUACAGCAAAUGAUAUUCCGCUUGAUCCGCAACACUUUUGGAAGGAAGAAUCUUGUCAACAAGACUCUGGUGGAUGAAAGAUUUCUGAUAUGAAAUUCCCUGCUAAGUAGCUGGUAGUGUCAGUGUUGUUUCGUGACAAAAUGUUUACUGUUUCACAGCCUUUGCAGAUCUUUUUUAUACUUUUCCAUUUCCACUUUUCACUGCUGUUUCAUGAUGUAAAUAUAAUAUUUUUUGUAAAGAUGUUGAUGUUUUUAUUGAUUAAAAUAUUUUGAUAUGUGUUUUUA